GGUCUGUUAUAAGGGGGGAGAGUUCCAGAAGAGGGAACAAGAGACUCAGAGGAGCUCAAUCGUUUAGCGAGAGAGUUGAAAAUGGAGGGCGAGCCGAGUCGGUUGAUGAUUGCUGUGAACGAGUCAACGAUCAAGGGGUAUCCGCACCCUUCCAUUAGUAGCAAAGGAGCUUUCGACUGGACUCUGCAGAAGAUCGUUCGCUCCAACACUUCUGGCUUCAAGAUUCUCUUUCUCCAUGUCCAAGUCCCCGAUGAAGAUGGCUUCGAUGACAUGGAUAGUAUAUAUGCAUCCCCUGAAGAUUUUAAAAGCAUGAAGUAUAGGGACAAGGCAAGAGGGCUGCAUCUAUUGGAGUACUUUGUGAAUAGAUGCCAUCAAAUCGGGGUUGCUUGUGAGGCAUGGAUCAAAAAAGGUGAUCCCAAGGAACAAAUCUGUUAUGAGGUGCAGCGAGUUCAUCCAGAUUUUCUUGUUGUGGGAAGUAGGGGUCUUGGCCCUUUUCAGAGGGUUUUUGUUGGAACUGUGAGUGAAUUCUGUGUGAAGCAUGCAGAGUGCCCAGUAAUCACCAUUAAACGCAGUGCGGAUGAGACUCCUCAAGACCCUGUUGACGACUGAUUUUCUCCGGAUUUGAGUUGAUUCCUUUCGUAUUCUGUUCAUAGACUGUGAAACACCAGACAUGUGGUGUAUAAGCCAUGGGUUCAUGUAUUUGGAAUAAUUUAUUUCGUCCAGCAAAUAAUGUGAUGUUUUCUUAUUGCUGAUUGGACUCAAAA